CGUUUUGUUGUGUUGAAAGAACCAAUGACAAAAAGGCUUUUCCUACUUCUUAGAAUCUGGAGGACUCUCUCUUUCUCUGUAUUUUUCCUGAACAAUAAAUUCUUUUCUUCAUUCUUCAGUUUUAUUGAGGUAGUAACUAAAAAACUAAAAUGGCGGUUUCAGCAUUUAGAAGCGGGCGCUUACCGUCGUUUCAUCACCCUCAGUUGCCCAAUAAACCAACAGCAGCAGCAGCAGCUUCCGCAGCUUCUGCUUGUACAAUAAGAUCGAUUGUUGGCUUGAAGAAGCUAAAUGGGCGUUCCAACUCCAACUCCAACUCCAACUCCAAGUUCCAAUACUCUCAACCAUCUCAAUCUCAAACACAGCAACAGGAUCGUCUCUCUUCUCGCCUCCAAAGUAGUAUUGAGAACUUACCCAAACUGGUAGAGGAUAUUGUCCAGACAUCUAUAAGCACAGGUCCCCGGGGAGCCCUAAGGCUAGCUCAAGGUAUCCAAGCAUUUGUUGGUGUUGGUGGGGAAUGGCUUGCUGAUGUUUCAAGGUCAACAGAUGCAUCUACUGGAAUACCAUCUCAAUUGCAGCUGGGAUUGCUUUCGCCACUUUACCUGAGGAAAUUGUUUGAACGUAUGGGUGCAACCUAUAUCAAAUUAGGACAGUUCAUAGCAUCUGCACCUACAUUAUUCCCACCAGAAUAUGUUGAAGAGUUCCAGAAAUGCUUUGAUAGAGCUCCUCCGGUUCCUUUUGAAGACAUUCAAAUGAUCUUACAUCAAGAGUUAGGGAGACCAAUUGAUAGCAUAUAUGAAUAUAUUAAUCGAACACCAAUUGCCUCAGCCUCUAUAGCACAGGUUGGUAUUGUUGAAGACAUAUGGGAGUCUAUGCUUGAAGAAGUAGACUUCAAUAAGGAGGCUACAAAUAUUGAAUCAUUCAGAAGAUAUCUUGAAGCUAUGGGAUUAAUGAGGCAGGCAACUGCUCCGAGAGUGUAUAAACAUUGCAGCACACAACGAGUUUUGACUAUGGAGAGGCUAUAUGGAGUUCCUCUUACUGAUUUAGACACUAUAAGUUCACUUGUCCCUAGCCCAGAGAAUAGUCUGAUUACUGCACUUAAUGUCUGGUUUGGUAGUUUACUUGCUUGUGAAACUUUCCAUGCUGAUGUGCAUGUGGGCAAUUUGUGGUUAUUGCGUGAUGGUCGCAUUGGAUUUCUUGAUUUUGGUAUUGUCGGAUGCAUAUCACCGAAAACAUGGGCUGCUAUGGAAGUAUUUUUGGCAUCUAUUGCAACAGAAGAGUAUGAAUCAAUGGCAUCUGCCUCGAUUGAAAUGGGAGCAACCAAUAAGGAUAUUGAUGCUAAGGCCUUUGCGGGAGACUUGGAAAAGAUAUUUUCAUCUAUGCAGGAACUUGAUACAGAGGUAGUUGUUGCCACUGCUAGGGGGACAAAUACAACUGCAACUGCUGUCUCUGCAAAUAUAAUUGUUGAUGAGAGGCAGAUGAAUGCUCUCUUUCUUGAUGUGGUUAGGGUAAGUGAAUCAUAUGGACUGCGAUUUCCAAGGGAGUUUGCACUUCUAAUGAAACAGCUUCUGUAAUUUGGCCGAUAAACACGGUUGCUGGCCCCUGAGUUGAACAUGCUUCAGGACCAAAGGAUAUCCAUCUUGUCUAGUAGAAGAAGCAACUAUAGGGACAAUUUCGGAUAGAUAAUGCAAUUAUAGAUGUAUUGAUUUAUAUUUAUUUUUCUUUUUCUUCUUUUAUUUUCACCUUUCAUCUCUUUUAUGUAUAUGCAAGGGAAAAAAGGGGCUACUUAAUAGUUGGGCAUAGUGCAUGUUGCAUGGUAUAUAUAGAAAGCAGAAAGAGAUUUAUGCUCAUGAUAGGUGUUGGAUUUGCUAAUGAAAUCUUAUGCUACCCUUAUUUGCAAUUGGUGGAUCACUUAUUAUCCAUGAUAAUAACGACCUUACUUGAACAGGAUUUGUUCUGUUUUCUAUGGGCUCAAACAUGUGUCCUUGAAUUCUAUGAAUGCAUAAUAGCACUUUGAAACUGGCCAA